AUGGCUUCUCUCAGCACCCUCAUGCCCCCACUUGACAAUGGGCUCCUGCCUGCGUACCUGAUGUUGGUGUCCGUUCUCGCUAUCGGCAACGCCUUGCAGAAUUUUACCACUCUUCACUACAGCCGGCGUAUCUACAAUGGCCUUUUCGUGUCCAACCCCGCGUUGAAGCGCAAGGAGCGUAGCGAUGAAAACCCAAGGCACAACCCUGAUGACAGCAUCAACAAGCUCGUCCCUGCAUCAAGCACCGGCAAGGACGUUGAGAAGGCCAACGACCAACUCACACCCCUCGCGGCCCGUUUGUUUGCGGUGUGGACGCUCAUCACUGGCGUUGUGCGUCUGUAUACCGCCUACGACGUUUCCAACCAAGCUCUAUACCAGCUGUCCGUUCUUACGCACUUCCUCGCUGGCGGACACUAUCUUUCUGAGCUUCUUAUCUUCAAGACAUGCCGCCCAAGUGUUCCGGUCCUCUUCCCGAUCUUUGCCGGAUCGACUGGAUUUAUCUGGAUGACGCUGCAGUACACUCACUACGUCGGCCCUUUUACCCUGCCAUUGUUCAGGUGA